AUGUUUGUAAUUCGAGGUGGAUUUCUUUACAAUGGAAAGCAGCUUUACAUACCACAAAGCUCUUUAAGGGAGUCCAUUGUGAUGGAAGCACAUGAGGGUGGAUUAGUUGGUCAUUUUGUCUAUUCUAAAACAUUAAAGAUGAUUCAAGGAAACUUCUACUGCCCUAAAUUGAACAAAGAUGUGUUGAGGUUGAUUGAGCGUUGUGAAACAUGUAGAAAAACAAAAAUGUAUGGGAGCAAUAACGGAUUAUAUGAGCCUUUGCCAUUUCCUACCACACCGUUAGAGCAUAUUAGCAUGGACUUUCUUCUUGGAUUUCCAAGGACUCAAGGAGGUAAGCAUGUUAUCUUUGUUGUUGUUGACAGAUUCUCUAAGAUGGCACACUUUAUCCCAUGUAACAAGGCAAGUGAUGCAACUCAUCUGGCUAUUUUGUUCUUUAACAAUAUUGUCAAGUUACAUGGCAUUCCAAGAAGCAUUGUUUCUGAUCGCGAAGUUUCUCAGUCAUUUUUGGCUCGCCCUGCUGUCACCCUGCCUGGUUCUCCUAUUCUAGAGCAGACUACCCCAACUCCUACACCUGCGGAGGGUACUACUAUCCCUCCCAUCGAUACUCCCAUUCCGCCUCCAGCCCCAGCUUCCGCCCGUGCAGUAGAGUUUGAAAAUCUGAAGCAAGGUACCAGCAGUGUGUGGGAGUAUCACAUGGAGUUUGCUCGCCUGUCUAAGUAUGCCAUUCAUAUGUUGCCCACAAUGGAGUCUAGGGUGCAUCAGUUUGUUCAGGGCCUAAAUCCUUUGACUAUUAAUGAGGCUUCUACGGCUGCAUUGAAUUCAGACAUGAAUUAUGGGAAGAUGGUAGCAUUUGCUCAGGCCACAGAGAACCGUAAACUGAAGAAUAGAAUGGAGAGAGAGGGCCUAGUUAGGGCAACAGAGGAUCCUAUCAGCGGGGUCAGUCAGGAGAGAGAUCCCAACACCAGCAGAGGUCCUUGUGCCCCAGGUGCGGGAAGAUGCACUCAAGGAUUUGGUACUUGGAGUUACCCGUAUGCUAUGGAUGCGGAAUGA